CCUUCCCCUGGGCUGUGCCACGCUCGGGAUCUGCUGAGCCCACACUCACAGGAGGCUUUGGGAGCAUCUCCAGGGUGCAGAGCACAGGUGCAGCUGUGCUGAGGAGGGGCUGAAGAUGGAUUGUUGCUGCUGGGCACGGGCUGUGCCUCCAAUUCCAGCCAGGGACUGCGUGGGGAAGGUGUAGCAGCGUCUGGAAUGGGGUGCCAGUGCCAGCCUGCUCUGGGCAGCCUCUGGACAUGAGGGUGUGGGUGCUGUUCAAGGGCACCCCCUGAUGUGCACUCCUGGAUGCACAGGAUCCCAGCCAAAGGGACACAGAAAUCCUGGACUCCCUGUUCUGUGUGGACUGACCUGAGCUCUCUGCCAUUGUACCUGACCAAGGUCCCACCUGAAGAGUUCUAAACUGACAUCACAGUUGCUGAUCAGACUGGUACUAUGUGGGCAAGCUGCUGUAACUGGUUCUGUGUGGAUGGCUCCCCUGAGGAGAUGCAGCCGGCGCCGGCAGCCCGGGCCCAGGCCUACUCCAACCCUGGCUACAGCUCCUUCCCCUCUCCCACGGCCUCUGAGCAGAGCUGCAAAGCCUGUGGGCUGCACUUUGACAGCUCCUCCAGCAAGCACAUCUGCUUGGACUGUAAGAAGAAUUUUUGCACGUCCUGCUCAAACCAGGCCGAGGGUGGGCCCCUGCUCUGCCACCUGUGCCAGCGCUUCCGAGCCACGGCUUUUCAGCGGGAGGAGCUGAUCAAGAUGAAGGUGAAGGAUCUGAGAGAUUAUUUGGCCCUCCAUGAGAUUUCCACAGAGUUCUGUCGUGAAAAGGAGGACCUGGUAUUCCUGAUCCUUGGCCAGCAGCCUGCAAUUACCCAGGAAGAUCAGAUAAGAACAAACACAUUUAAUACCAGUGCCCGUGAACAGCAAGACUUUGUGAGUCACCCCCCAGCCAGCCUGGCCUCUCCUACCUCACACGAUGAGUCCUCAGUGUCUGCAGAUCCCAUCUCAAGUUCAGAAGCUCAGGAACACCAACAGGCCAAUGGUCACGUGCCUCCAAGCCCAGCUGAGAAUGCAGCAGAAGAAGCAGCAGCAGAGGAUGAGAUACAGUCCAGUGACUCCGAGGAUAACCUGGUGCUGGGCAGGAAGGCCUCCCUGUCUGACCUGAGCAGCGUCGGGGACAUCAACGCGCUCUCGGUGCGGCAGCUGAAGGAAAUCCUCGCCCGCAACUUCGUCAACUACAAAGGCUGCUGUGAGAAAUGGGAGCUGCUGGAGAGGGUCACUCGCCUCUACAGAGAGAAGGACCUUCAGCAUCUAGUUUUGGACACCGACGAUCAACCUGGUGGUGCUGGGCCCCCCAGCACCGAGGACAACCUGUGCAGGAUCUGCAUGGACGCUGCCAUCGACUGCGUGCUGCUGGAGUGCGGGCACAUGGUGACGUGCACCAAGUGCGGGAAGCGCAUGAGCGAGUGCCCCAUCUGCCGGCAGUACGUGAUCCGCGCCGUGCACGUCUUCAGGACUUAGCGCGGCUCUGGGCUCGGCGCUGCCGUGCCUUAAAGCCUCCGUGCUCUUAGGGAAAGGGCCAACAUCCCUGCCAACAGCUACCCUGGAGAUCAGCGCGACCCUGCUGCCGGAGAGCCAAGGAGGAAGCCUGGGGAAAGUGCUCUGCUCAAGCCGUGCCCGGCUCUGCUCAUCCCACCAUCGUGCUUUACACCACAGUGCCUGGACUCCUCGGAGCUCAUUGCCAGCAAUCAUUAACCACCUCCAUCCUAGGAUAAUUUGAGGACAGAUGGAUGCCCAGCUUUCCACCAGGAAGAUCAGCUCCAGAGGCUUUGUAGUUUCCUCUGAAUAAUAAAAGUGAACUGGGGUCUGAAAAAGUGUCCUUUGUUUUGUUGCUCAGGCUCUGCCCAGCAACAACUUGAUUUGCGAAGGUUGAAAUGUCACUGUGCUUGUUAAUUUUAUUUUUAAUUUAAUGUUAAAUUGUUAUGCUUGCAGGACAGGCAGACCAUCCCUGCUUUCCCUAAUUCCUAGUGCAAUUGUGGAAAAUGUGUAAUUUUUUAUCAAGGUUGUCUUUGUAUUAUUGAAAACUGCUGGGGAGGGAGGCUGGGAAGGCUCAGCCUUGCCCUGUGUCCUGGGUUUCUGUUUCUGUGCCAGAGGGAGGUUUCUGGUUUGAUUUUGUGACUUUGAUUUCACAGCACGUGCCAGAGGUGGGGCUCAAAGUGAACUGUCCCCACCUGCUGAGGGAGCUACAAAUCCAAGGCUUGAGCCUUCCCCAGGGUUUGGUGAGGAAAGCACAGAGCUGCAGAGCAGUGAGGACUCCACUGCUACACAAUCAUAUUUAAGUACAGGUGACUUUUUCUUUUUUUAGAAGGGAAUCAUGGAAGAAAGCCUUUGUCCCCCUUGGCUCCAUGAGCAAUCUCCACUGCAGAUCAGCUUCCCCAUCCUCCCCAGGGCUCAGUUUUACAGGUCUGUUACCUUCCACUGCUUACCAAAGCAGUUUUGUCCUUUCUGCUGGGGAGGAUGGGGAGAAGCUGUGGCCUGAUCCCUGACAGCUCCUGGGCAGUGUGUUCAGCUGGAAGAGGAGUCUGGCAGCUCCUCCUGGAGGUGAUUUUAACUGGUGUCAUUUCCCCUCAGUGGCCUGCAGGCAGCCAGGGCUCCAGUGCUGCCCUCAGUGUCCCUCAGCAUGGAUGGCACUGUGCCCAGCCUGGCUGCCAGCAGAGAGCAGCACAGAGCCAGGGGGCUCCUGGGGCACUGCAGGGAUUCCCCAGAGCUCCUGGGCAGGGAUGGCAGCAGCACAGGCACCCGUGUGCCCUGCACAGGGACACUUCAGCAGCCCCUCAGUGAGACAUCCAUGGCUCAGGGGGCAGCAGGAGAGCCAGGGAUGUCUCACUGAGGGGGCCUCAGAACUCCACAGAACUGCAGCUUGACUGCACUCAGCAUUCUGAGCCCUACCUCUGUCCCAGGUCAGGCUGUUCUUUAAUCUUUAAGGUGUAACAGAUCCAGCAGGAGAACACAGUGAACAAGUCAGUGCAGAGAAAAGGGCAGCUAAGGAGUGACUCUGUUUGCUCUGCAGAGAGCACGGGGAGCUCCAAGAGCUGCAGGAAUACACAAUGUGCUGAACAGCCUCAUUUAGGAAAUCCACUGUGAAAAUUCAUGUUGUCAUAUUUUUCAGUAAACUCAGGGCUGGGGGAAUUUAGCAGGAAGAUGAUGAUUCCCCUAUGGAUAGAUGUACUUUUCCUUGUACAGGGUAGGCUUAUUGUGUACAGCAGUCAAAUCAAGCUGCAGAUCAAUGCCUGAGAUUUUAGGGAUGAGAAGAUCCACCCACCCUGUGACUCCAAAAUGUGCUUUGUGAAGGGAGGACUCUUCUUGUUUCCCUUGUAAAAAUGGAUUCUCUACUUAUGGAUAUGAGUGAGUUGUUUUUAAAGGAAAAUCAAAACCUGGAGGAAACUGAUUAAUGAUCCAAAGGAAUAUAAUGUUCUGAACUAAUAAAGUAAAUGGAAAUAUUUAUGUGCUUUAUGUACACUGUACAUUGUUUAAAGAUUUUAAAACUUAAUAUUCUACUUGAAAGGGCAUGUUAUUCACUAUUAAAUCCUCUGGUACUAUGACAGUUCAACUUACUAGUUUUGGUACAGAAGUUUGGUUUAUAAUUUUGUAAUAAAGUUGAAUUGUGAUUUA